AGGAUGAGGGGGAGGAGUGGAGAGCAGAGGGGGAUUUCAGUUGACAGAGAUGGGGCCUCACAGUGAGUUCAUCAGAUUCAGUCUCGGAGCUGCCGACUCUCCUCUCUCUCAGUUACACCGGAUAUUGGCCAAAGAAAGGAGGAAAAGCUUGGACCCAAAACCCUAGCAUUGAAGUCCCAGUCAAAGUCCCUACGAUGAUUCUCUAAUGCUUUGGAGAAAAUCAAGAGCCAUUAGAAGGUACUAGAAUAUCUCACACUUUGUUACAACUGCUUUAGUGCAAUGAACAUUCCAAAUAUCCAUGAGGAACCUCAAUUACAUUUCCCAGCCUAUGGGGAAACAUUCUCGACAGUUAGUAAUCGUAAUACUUCACCAACAUGUUACACCGAGCAGAAACCUUUCCCUUGCACAAAAUGUGGCGUAUGUUUCACGCUAAAAGAAGACUUUGAGAAUCACCAGAGAAUUCACACAGAUGAAAACUGUCCCGAAAGUACAGAAUGUGGGGAAAACUUCACCCGACGGGGUUCUCUUCUCUUCCACCAGAAUAUUCAUAUGAGAGUAAAGCCAUUCAUGUGUACAGAAUGUGGGAAAAGCUUCUCCAAAAGAAGUCAUUUUGUUUGCCACAGUAGAAUUCACACCGGGGAAAGGCCCUUUUCUUGUGCUGAUUGUGGGAAAACGUUUGUCGUAAAGGCUCACCUUACCAGGCAUCAGGCGACUCACACAGGGGAGAAACCAUUUGCUUGUUCGGAAUGUGACAAAAGAUUCUCUACAAAGGGGGACCUUUCUUCUCACUGGAGGGUCCACACAGGGGAGAAGCCUUUCAAAUGUUCAGAAUGUGGCAAAUCCUUCUCUCACAAGAAAAACCUUGUUGUACACUUUCGAAGUCACACAGGGGAAAAACCUUUUCCAUGUACAGAAUGUGGGAAAUGCUUCUCCCGCAAGAGAAACCUUGUUGUACACGUUCAGAACCACACAGGAGAGAAACCUUAUACAUGUACGGAAUGUGGGAGAAGCUUUAUUGCAAUGAGCUCUUUAAAAUGCCACCAGAAAACGCACAAAGGAUUACAGGAUUUCACAUGUACGGAGUGUGGGGAAAGUUUCUCUUUAAAGGAAGACCUUGAAAAUCACCUGAACCUUCACUUAGAUGAAAAGCCUCAGGGAUUUACAGAAUCUGGAGAAAAAGUUAUUCUAAAAGGUCUUUUUAUCCACCACAAUAUCCAUAUGAGAGAAAAGCCGUUCCCGUGUACAAUAUGUGGGAAAAGCUUCUCCAAAAGAAGUAACUUUGAUUGCCACAGUAGGAUUCACACAGGGGAAAGGCCCUUCUCUUGUGCUGACUGUGGGAAAAGUUUUAUGGUAAAGGCUCACCUUACCAGGCAUCAGGCGACUCACACAGGGGAGAAACCAUUUGCUUGUUCAGAAUGUGACAAAAGAUUCUCUACAAAAGGUGACUUUUCUUCUCACUGGAGGGUCCACACAGGAGAGAAACCUUUUGCGUGUACAGAGUGUGGAAAGUCCUUCUCUCACAAGAAAACCCUCAUUGUACACAUUCGAAGUCACACAGGGGAAAAACCUUUUACGUGUACAGAAUGUGGGAAAUGCUUUACUGCAAUGAGCUCUCUGAAAUACCACCAGAAAAUUCAUCAACGGUUGCAAAAUUUCACGUGUACAGAAUGUGGGGAAAGUUUUUCUCUAAGGGAGGAACUUGAAAAUCACCAGAUAAUUCACAAAGAUAAUGAGCCUCAUGUAAGUACAGAGUGUGGGGAAAAUGUUCUAAAGGGUCUGCUCUUCCACCAAAAUAUCCAUGUGAGAGUAAAGCCAUUCAUCUGUACAACAUGUGGGAAAAGCUUCUCCAAAAGAAGUCAUUUUGAUCGCCACAGUAGAAUUCACACAGGGGAAAGACCCUUUUCUUGUUCUCAAUGUGGGAAAAGUUUUAUGGUAAAGACUCACCUUACCAGGCAUCAGGCAAUUCACACAGGGGAGAAACCAUUUGCUUGUCUGGAAUGUGAUAAAAGAUUCUCUACAAAGGGGGACCUUUCUUCUCACCAAAGAGUUCACAUCCCUUUUACAUAUACAGAAUGUGGGGAAAGUUUCUCUCUAAAGGAAGACCUUGAAAAUCACCAGAUAAUUCACACGGAUCAAAAGCCUCAUUUAAGUGCAGAAUAUGAGGAAGAAGUCACUCUUGAAGGUCAUCUUCUCUUCCACCAAAAUAUUCACAUGAGAGCCAAGCCCUUCACGUGUACACAAUGUGGGAAAAGCUUCUCCAAAAGAAGUCAUUUUGAUUGCCACAGUAGGAUUCACACAGGGGAAAGGCCCUUCUCUUGUGUUCAUUGUGGGAAAAGUUUUAUGGUAAAGGCUCACCUUACCAGGCAUCAGGCAAUUCACACAGGGAAGAAACCAUUUGCUUGUUUGGAAUGUGACAAAAGAUUCUCCACAAAGGAUGACCUUUCUUCUCAUGGAAAAAUUCACACAGGAGAGAGACCUUUUACAUGUACAGAAUGUGGGAAAUCCUUCUCUCGCAAGAAAAUCCUUAUUGUACACGUGAGAAGUCACACUGGGGAAAAACCUUUUACAUGCACAGAAUGUGGGAAAUGCUUUACUGCAAUGAGCUCUCUAAAACAACACCAUAAAAUUCAUACAGGAUUGAGAGAUUUCACGUGUACAGAAUGUGGGAAAACUUUAUCUUCAAAGAGCCACCUAAAACGACAUCACAUAAUCCACACAGGGCUGAAACUUUUCACGUGUUCGGAUUGCGGGAAAAAGUUCUCUGAGAAGAAGUGCCUCGAGCGACACUUGCGCGUUCACGCAAACAUAAAACCUUAUACGUGUGCGGAAUGCGGGAAACGCUUUACUGCUACGAACAACCUGAGACGCCACCUGAAAGUUCAUAGAGGAGUGAAAGAGUUCACAUGUACAGAAUGCGGAAAAAGCUUCUCUAGAAAGUGCCACCUCCAUACGCAUUACAUAAUGCACACCGGGGAGAAACCCUUCACGUGCACAGAAUGUGGGAAAGACUUCUCUGAAAAGAAAAAACUCGUUCUACAUUUCCGUCUUCACACGGGAGAGAAACCCUUUUCAUGUACGGAAUGUGGCAAAAGCUUCACGGCCAAGAGCUUUCUGAAAUGCCACCAGAAAAUUCACAGAGAAGUGAGAGAAUUCACAUGUACGGAGUGCGGGAAGGGUUUCUACAGAAAGACCCACCUACAGCUGCACCAUUUAGUCCACACCGGGGAGAAACCAUUCACAUGCUCGGAAUGUGGGAAACAACUCUCCCUGGAAAGCAACCUCCAAAGACACAUGAAAAAACACAGAGAGGAGAAAUCUUGAACACGUGCACGGAACAAAGGAACAAGUUCCGGAUCUUUCUCACUGGGGAGGAACCUCUCAUUUGCUCAGAGGGAGGCUGAAGCUUCUCCAUAGCAGAACAUUCAUACAGGAGGCGGGAUGCAGUCAUUCAUUUCCCUCCAGACUCAGUCUAUAGUGAAUACUGUACCCCCUGUUGUAAAAUAUGAGGAUAUUAUAAAUUACCGAGGAGGCAAUCGAGGCUGAAGGCCGAGGGCUUUUAUACAGGUCAUGGAACUCCGAGGUGACUUCUAAUAUCCUCAUAUUUUACUAUAUUAUAAUAUACAAGUUUCAGUGAGACAUGUGACAGAAAUGACAUCACUAAGCUCCGAUUAUAACAGAUGACAUCACUAAGCUCUGUUUAUAAGGAUAUAAGUUACAAGAUAUUCAUGGCUCUUGUGUAUUAUAAAUAAAUAAACUAUGGUUAUGAA